CACAACGUGGCCUUCGCUCAAACAUCGUAAUCCUUGCUUGGCCUUGCAAACUAUUCAUCUGUCCGUUCUCCGCGCGACCCUUCGACGUCUGUUUUACUCCAUACUCGCUUCUCGACCCCAUCCCCGACUUGUCCGCAUCUCGACACCGCCGCCAUCACCGGUCAAGCUCCUGCUGCCCACGCUAGGAGUCGCAUUGCCGUCGUCUUUGACCCGCGCCCGACUUGGGUCGACCAUUCAGAGCUGUCGCAGCUAUUCGGACGUGACUCACCCGCACUGGCCUUGUCUUGCGACCAAUCAACUCCAUCCUAGCCCUGUUUGACUCGGCCAACACACGUCCUCAGUCCACCUAGCUGUGCUGCAGCUUCCUUCCAACAUGCCUUCCAAAACCACCACCCACCCCCGCCGCCGUCAGGGCAGUCCCUCAACCACUGCAGCCCUGAUCGACUCGUUCGUCGGCCUGUCGAUUCAAAAGGGAACCACCUUCCACUCGCCAUCCUCAAACAAGUCUGAACUCUUCAAUCCCCUCGACGCUUCCGCCCGGUCUAUGACUACUCGCUCCGUCACAAGUCCCAAAGCCCUCGAAGACCUGCUCAUCGGUGCCGGAGAAAGAAGAGCUGCCGACCUCCUCGCCAAGGUCGACCAAGUCAUUGCCGACAACAACUCCGCUGCUGCUCUCGGAAAACUGCUAGCCGAGCCUGAAGCCUUGCCCAACCCCCGCUGCGUUAUCGGAAACACUGGACUGGGAGACAUUGCUGAAGAACGUCGUGAUAGCCCCAACAAUGCUUAUGACAGUGGUCUGGGUUCUAGCAUCGCCGAUUCUGACGAAUUCGACAACAAGAAAACCAAGGCUUCGUCCAAAGGUAUUGUCGUUCACUUCCCUUUCGUCCCCAUUGUAGGCAGCGCUAAUCGUUGCCUGAAAUCAGGCUCCGCACUGAAGAGAUCCCCCUCUUCGACUUCCAGCUCAUACGCAGACGAACACCUAAGCGAGUUCGCGUGUGAGCAGAUCCACAAGCACAUCGUGAAGCCUAUUCUCAGACAACAGGCUCUCAAGGAUUUCCACCCCCUUGUCAGAGGUGUCCCUCGACGCAUCGGCUCUCGCGAAAUCACCACUCUUCGUGACCUCGAGAAGACCUUGAUCUUCUUGGCUCCCGUAAGUAUUCGCUGCGGCCUUUCUGCCCGCUCACUUGCUUAUUUUCGUGCUAUUUCUCAGGAUUACUCUCGUUCUCCUUCUGCUUAUCUCAACUUUUGCGAAACCUACAUCGACUGCCUUCACACGACUGUCGACAUUGUUCACGAAUCAGAUCAUUGCUCGCCGUCGGAUCGCCCUUACUCCAACAACUACUUUAUUGACUUGGUCGGUCAGAUCCGCAGAUACGCUCAAAUCGUGGCAUCAACCCGUGCAAAGAAGGAACGCGGAGAAGAACUCGACGAGAUGGAUGUUACCUCUGACGAAGUCCUGAGACUGCGGGGAGGUGUGACUCACAACACCCCUGCCCAACUCGUUCGCCACCGUGCUGGUAAAGAGAUCUCUCUUCUCAAUGGUGCUGUCCUUUCGUCUUCUGCAGACGACUCCGUCCUCUCGUCAAAGCGUCCCAACAUGGCAGACUCUUUGGACGAUGACGUUGAGAGGUCCAUGGCACGUCGUAGAAAGGGCGAGCCUAUCAAAACGUACGACUGUGGCUUCGACGGUUGUGACAAAAUCUUCCGCCGUCCUUGCGACCGUACAAAGCACAUGAAGAGUCAUGAGCGUCCCUGGAAGUGUCCUCACACUGACUGCAAGUACCACGACGAGGGCUGGCCCACAGAGAAAGAAUGUGAGCGCCACGUCAAUGACAAACACGCCGAAUCUCCCAUCAUGUACGCUUGCUACUGGUCAACGGUAAACAAUUGCCCAUACCAGUCCAAGCGACUGAGCAAUUGCAAGUCCCACAUGGAGAAGGCACAUGGUUGGGAGUACAUUCGUUCAAAGACUACUGUCAAGAACGGAAAGACCAAGGCAAAGCCUGGCCAGAAGGAGCCUCUGCAACAGCCCAUCAAGCUCAUUGGUGGUGUUGUUGCAGGUACAUCCUCACCUUCAACUUCCUCAGCCUCCGCCUCUGCGUCCAACACCCCAUACAUGCCCACUGAACAGUACACCGUGAGUGAUCAGUCCACUGCCCUCACAUCUCCUCAGGAGUACUCGGUACCUUCCAUGGGCACAGUGCUUUCACUCCUGUCGUCAACAACCCUCUAUACACACCAUCGCUUGUAGAUGAUCGUCGUCUGUCGCACGACUCUUCCUCUGCUAACACUGCACCCAACUCGGCGCUGAUGCAAGGUGAGACAUCCUUUGAUGAUGCAUUCAACCCUCCUACACCCGAGGAUAGUCCACCUCAUGCUACCAACACUGGUUUCAAGCUCGAUCAAGGUUAC